UUUCUUCAUACUACAGUACUGUCAACGUUGACAUCACUUUGUUGGUUUUGGAAAGCAAAAUGGCUGCAGCGUCACCACGCGAGACGACCUUCAAGCUGCUGCUUGUCGGCGAAUCCAACACUGGCAAAUCGAGCUUGAUAAUGCGCUUCACUGACAAUGUGUUUGACGAGGACUUGAGUGCCACCAUCGGCGUCGAUUUCAAGGUCAAGCAAAUGUUUCUCAAUGACACCACCAUCAAGCUAACCAUCUGGGAUACGGCUGGACAAGAGCGGUUCCGCACUCUGACAAGCAGCUUCUAUCGCGGUGCUCACGGUGUUAUUUUCGUCUACGACGUAACCCGCCGCGAAACAUUUGACACGGCGCUGGAUACAUGGCUCACAGAGGUCGACACGUACGCGACAAACGAUGUCGUGAAAAUGCUCAUUGGCAACAAGAUUGAUCAGACCGAGGAGCGUCAAGUGUCGCGCGCAGAGGGACUGGCGUUUGCUCAGCGACAUUCAAUGCUCUUUAUCGAAUGCAGCGCCCGAACGCGUGUCGGUGUCGAGCAGGCAUUUGAGGAGCUGGUCCAGAAGAUGUACGACACACCUGCAUUGUGGCGCACCGGCCCAACAAACAAUGUGCAGCUGGGAGGCGCAGAAGAAGCUCCCGCCCUGGACCAAGGCUGCGGUUAUUGCUAGAAGUUUUCCACGAUUUUCAAAUUGCAUGGUCUUCUGUUUUGUAUUAUUACAAGUGCUUGGAUAUUGUUUCCGACGGCCGUACACGUUCCCCAAGACAAAUUCCAAUUCAGACAAGCCAAAAACAAC